AUGACGUUGCGACUAUUCGGAUUUCAAUUGUUGGGACUGGCAGCUCUCCUAUCCUUGCCAGUCUCAUCAGCCCCUACUACUGGUUGCGAUUGGCGGAACGCAAGUGAGGUCACGAUAUUGCAGUCCGUCCCCGGAACACAAUCGCUCGAGAACAUUGCGGUUCGGGAGAAUGGAAACCUUCUAGUCACAUCCACAGCCUCCCCAACCCUUUUCGGUCUAUCGCCAGAAGCCGAGUAUGCGCCAGUUCCUGUUGUCACUAUCGACGGUGUUAACAGCCUCCUCGGAAUCACUGAACUCGGCGAGAAGGAUGUCUUCUACGUCCUCGGGUCAAACCUGACCGCAACCGAAAACUCAAAUGGCUUGUGGAAAGUCGACCUUCGCAACUUCCGUACCUCGCACAACGGAAAUGUGCUCCAGCCAGCUGUGCUAUCGCUCGUCACACUUAUCCCAUCCGCUCUUCAGCUCAAUGGCAUGGCACGUUUGGCCAAAAAUGAUACGCAGAACCUGCUCAUGUCCGACUCUGGCCGAGGAACCGUCCUCAGACUGAACGUGUACACUAAAGUUGUCGAGACGGUCCUUGCUGAGCCCGAAAUGGCUCCAAUUUCAUCGAGUUCGAGCAUCGGCGUUGCCGUCAACGGCAUUCGCAUCCGGGAUAACAAACUCUAUUUCGUGAGCUUGGACCAAGGCCUAUUCGGCAGAGUCCCCAUCUCUCUUACCACCGGAACGGCCACUGGCUCCGUGGAGACUCUGGCCACCAACAUCACUUUUGGUGAUGACUUUGCCUUGUCGAAAGACGGUAAAACAGCCUAUGUUGCCACAAACGGUCCUCUGGAGGUUCUCGGAAUCGAUUUGGUACACGGAGGAAAGACCGUUGUUGCAUCCUCGCCCCUUCUUGGGGCUGCAUCUUCGGUAGCUCUGGACUUCCACCACCCUCGCAGGGUGUUGUACGUGACGGGCGCUGUGUCAUCCGGCAAUAGCACUGUUGGCCAUGUGUCCCGCAUUACUUUGAGGUGCUAG